GUAUUACCAGAUCCGAGUGACCUUGAAGGUGUCCUCAAGGAUCCCCCACAGACUGAGUGCCUCCAUUGUUGGGCAGACAGAAAGCAGCAGCCUGCAUUCAGCCUGUGUUCAUGAGAGCACUGCACACAGCCGGGUCUUUCAGAUCUUAUACCGGAAUGAAGAGGCACCCAUCAAUGAUGCUGUGAUCUUCCGAGCUCAUUUGCUCUUAGAUGGUGAAAGGGUGGAAGACGCACUGAGUGAAGUAGAUUUCCAACUCAAGAUGGACCUGCACUUCACGGACAGUGAACAGCAGUUGAGGGAUGUGGCUGGGGCGCCGAUGAUCAGCAGUCGCACACUGGGUCUGCAUUUCCACCCCCGGAAUGGUCUGCACCACCAGGUCCCAGUCAUGUUUGACUAUUUCCACCUGUCUGUGAUCUCGGUGACCAUCCAUGCUGCCCUGGUGGCUCUGCAGCAGCCCCUGAUCAG